AUGGGUGCGAGAAGCAGCCAGACAGUGGAUCCGGUGGUGAGCAGAAGAUACUCAUCGGAAUCGGAAUCAGAGGCGGUGCUGGUGGUGCGGCGAAGGCCGCAGAUGGUGAACGGAGGAGGAUUCGUAGUGAGCAAUAGCAAACAACAAGUAGUGUUUAGAGUUGAUGGGUGUGGAGUUCUUGGAACCAAAGGCAAGCUUCUCUUGAGAAAUGGUGAUGGUGAUGAUAUUCUUCUAAUCCGCAAAAUGGGAGGAAUGGUGCAGGCACUGAACAUAGUACACAAGAAAUGGGAAGGUUUUGGAUUCGAUAACGGAGGAACAGAGAGGCUACUUUUCACAUUAAAAGAUCCAAGAGAUUCAUGCCUGGUACCUCAAAACAGUUCAAUCAGAAUUUUAGUUCACGAUAAACCGAAGAAGAUAUCAUCAACUCGCAACAUCUGUAACAACAACUACGUCGAGAUCAAAGGAUCUUUCGCAGAGAGAGAUUGCGACAUUAUUGGUUCAGACGGUAGAGCCAUAGCUCAGGUGAGAAUAGAGAAAGAGAUGGAGGAAAUGGUUGGGAACAAGAAGGAUCUGUAUAAUGUAAUCGUUAAAGCAAAGGUUGAUCAAGCUUUCAUCGUCGGUGUCAUCGCUAUACUCGACUAUAUUCAUGGCGAAUCCACUAUAUGUUAA